CACUUGACCAAUCAGAGUGAUUCACGGUUUCGGGUGUUCAGUUCAGGAAUUUGAGGGUUAGCUCUCAUUUUUCAUCUGUGUGUUUACAAAUGUAAAUAAAGAAUAAACUUCUGUAGUAAAAUUUUUUAAACUAGUCAACUAAAUUAGCUUUUAAAAAAAUGUAAUUCAUCAAUAUUUUAUCUUAUUUUAGUAAUCAGUAUUAAUUGGUGAUUGUGAUGGCCAACACUGGGGUUUUGCCUUUCGUUCGUGGAGUAGACUUCAGCAGAAAUGAUUUUCGAGAUGGAUUUCCAAAAUCAGUGCGUCUCAUGUCAGGAGUUCAAUGGCUCAAGUUGGAUCGAUCCCAACUCAAUCAGAUCCCUGAGGAAUUGGGUAACUUGAUGAAACUGGAGCACCUAUCGUUGACACGCAAUGACCUGGAACGGCUGUACGGCGAACUGACCGAACUGACGAGUCUGCGUUCGCUGAACAUCCGUCGCAACAAGAUCAAGAGCAGCGGCAUCCCGGCCGACCUGUUCCGCAACGAGGAGCUCACCACGUUGGAUCUCAGCCACAACCUGCUCAAGGAUGUGCCCGAGGGUCUCGACCGCGCCAGGACGCUGCUAGUGCUCAAUCUCAGUCACAACAACAUUUCAUCAAUACCGAACACACUGUUCAUGCAUUUAACGGAUCUGCUGUUCUUGGAUCUGAGUAAUAACAACCUGGAAACACUGCCACCACAGAUGAGACGUCUGGCUAACCUUCAAACACUGAUACUUAAUCACAAUCCUCUCGGCCAUUUCCAGCUCAGGCAACUACCGUCCUUAACGGAACUGGAAACACUGCACAUGCGCGACACCCAGCGAACAGUGGCCAACAUGCCGGGCAGCCUGGAAAUGCUGACUAAGCUGACUGACGUCGACCUCAGUCACAACGACUUGCCCAAAGUGCCCGACGCCCUCUACACGCUGUCGUCUCUGCGCAGGCUCAAUCUCAGCGAUAACGACAUCUCUGAGCUGUCACUUGCUUUGGAAGUGUGGCAGCAACUUGAGACGCUGAACUUGUGCCGCAACAAGCUGAAAAGCCUGCCGGCGUCGCUGUGCAAGCUGACGUCACUACGACGCCUCUACCUCAACCAGAACCAGCUGGACUUUGAGGGCAUUCCGUCGGGAAUCGGCAAGCUGGCCGCGCUGGAGGUCUUCUCAGCCGCUGCCAACCACCUCGAAAUGAUUCCCGAAGGACUAUGUCGAUGUGGUUCGCUGAAGAAGUUGAUUCUGACCGGUAACAAGCUGAUAACACUGCCCGACACCGUUCACCUGCUGAGUGAGCUGGAAACACUGGACCUUCGAGACAACCCCAACCUGGUGAUGCCUCCCAAACCGACCACCGAGACUGAGCGCGGUUCUGGCAUCCAGUUCUACAACAUUGACUUCUCACUGCAGAAUCAGCUGAGGCUGGCGGGAGCUGUGGCCAAUACUGCACCACCACCCAACACAAAUUCAAGCAAAGAUCCGAUUGCUCGCAAGCUGCGUUUAAGAAGAGGGCGGAGAGAUCAUGAGGAAGCUGAUUCUGACCAAGCUAAAAUAUUGAAGGGCAUGAAAGACAUCGCGAAGGAGAAAAAUAAACAAAAGUCUGCCGAAGAAGUGAAAGCUGAAUCGCUCAAGCCGAAAAAAUGGAACGAGAGCUUGGAAAAACCGCAGUUGGACUACUCGGAGCUUUUCGAAGAAGACGCAGGGCAGACUCCCGGCCUGACCGUGUGGGAGAUCGAGAACUUCCUGCCCAAUCAGGUCGAGGAAGUGGUUCAUGGCAAGUUCUACGAGGGUGACUGCUACAUCGUGCUCAAGACGUUCUUGGACGACAGCAAGAACCUGCACUGGAACAUUUACUUCUGGAUUGGCGAAAAGGCUACGUUGGACAAACGAGCAUGCGCAGCCAUCCAUGCAGUGAAUUUGCGUAAUUUUCUGGGCGCCGAGUGUCGGACUGCGCGCGAGGAACAGAAUGACGAAUCCGACGAGUUUCUCGCUCUCUUCUCAAAUGAAAUAGCUUACAUUGAGGGCGGUCGUACCUGCAGUGGAUUCUUCACAGUCGAAGAUAUGACAUAUAUGACUCGACUGUACAGAGUGCAUGCAGCAGGCAUGUCCGGCAUUCACUUGGAGCCAGUUCAGGUCAGUUACGAGUCUUUGGAUCCGCGCUUUGUAUUUGUCCUCGACGCCGGUCUCAAGAUAUUCCUCUGGUAUGGCAAGAAAGCCAAGAACGUAUUCAAAUCUAAAGCAAGACUUUUAGCCGAAAAAAUCAAUAAGAACGAACGUAAAAAUAAAGCCGAAAUAUUCAUGGAAAGUAUUAACGAAGAAAGUACAGAUUUCUGGAGGAUGUUGGGAGAAGAAACUGGGUCUCCACCUGAAGACGAAAUAGAGGAGCAUGUUGAAGACGACUUUGUGCCUUGCAUUCCGAAGUUGUAUCAGGUGAAACUGGGCAUGGGAUACUUGGAACUUCCCCAGGUCGAGGUUCCUCACAACAAGCUGGUUCACACACUCCUGCAGAGUCGCAACGUCUAUAUUCUCGACUGCUUCCUUGAUGUGUUUGUAUGGUUUGGCAAGAAGUCGACACGACUAGUGAGGGCGGCGGCCGUGAAGCUGUCACAGGAGCUGUUCACGAUGCUGGAUCGGCCGGAGCACGCGCUGGUGACGCGCAUCCAGGAGGGCACCGAGACGCAGAUAUUCAAGACCAAGUUUGUCGGCUGGGAUGAGGUCAUUGCUGUCGACUUCACGCGCACUGUCGAGUCUGUGCAGAAGACGGGCGCCGACCUAACCAAGUGGGCCAAACAACAGGAGACUAAGGCUGAUUUGGCAGCGCUGUUCACUCCACGCCAACCGCCCAUGUCUUCAGAGGAAGCCAAGCAGCUUAUGGACGAAUGGAACGAAGAUCUCGAACGAAUGGAAGCUUUUGUACUGGAAAAGAAGUUCGUCAAACUCCCUGACGAAGAACUGGGUCACUUCUACAGCCAGGACUGCUACGUGUUCCUGUGCAAGUACUGGGACCCGGUGGACGUGGACGAGGGGGACGGGGGCGAGGACAGCAGCUCGCUGCCCGAGGAUGACUUCCAGUGGGUGGUCUACUUCUGGCAGGGCCGCGACGCGCCCAACAUGGGCUGGCUCAAGUUCACCUUUGGGUUGUUGAAGAAGUUCCACUCUCUGUUCGGCGAGAAGCUGGAGGUGGUACGCGCCAACCAGCAACAGGAGAACAUCAAGUUCCUGGCGCACUUCAAGCAGAAGUUCGUCAUCCACCAGGGAAAGCGCAAGGCACUGCGCCCGAUCGAUUAUGUGCCACCUGUCCAGCUCUACCACCUGCGAGCCAAUGGCAACCCGCUAUGUACCAGGCUCAUACAGAUAAAGCCUGACGCUAGCUGUCUCAACUCGGCUUUCUGUUACAUUUUGAAAGUACCUGUCAAUGGUGAUGAGGAGAACGGAAUUGUCUACUUAUGGAUCGGAUCAAAAGCAAAGGCCGAAGAAAUCAAAUUGAUAGGAGACAUUUGUGAUGAGAUGUUCAAUAGUCCGUGGAUAACGAUGCAAAUACUGAAUGAAGGUGAGGAGCCGGAGAACUUUUUCUGGGUGGGAUUGGGAGGACGUAAGCCCUAUGAAACCAAUGCUGAUUUCAUGGACUACACCAGACUAUUCCGAUGCUCCAACGAGAAGGGCUACUUCACUGUGUCCGAGAAAUGUUCCGACUUUUGUCAGGAUGACCUGGCCGACGACGACCUGAUGAUCCUGGACAACGGCGAGCAGGUGUUCCUGUGGCUUGGCGCCAAGUGCAGCGAGGUGGAGAUCAAGCUGGCCUACAAGUCGGCGCAGGUCUACAUCCAGCAUCUGCGCGUCAAGCAGCCGCAGCAGCCGCGCAAACUCUUUCUAACCCUCAAGAACAAGGAGUCACGCCGAUUCACCAAGUGCUUCCACGGGUGGGGCGAGCACAAGCGGCCGCCCGAAUAGUAGUAGAUCAUGCUCAACCACUGAAAAACGCACAAAACAAACUUACCGGUGAAGGACGAACGAUGUUUCAGGAACACAUGGGCCGAACUAUGAAACAAAAGUCUCAACAACCUCAAAUAUUAAAACAACGAAACUAUAUUUUAGACACGAUGAGGUGGGGAUAAUCUUGGAUGGAUUAACAUUCAUUCCUAUAUAGCCCACCAUCUACUUGUUAACAGUUAGUUACACUAACAUUUUAAAUUUUAUAUGAGUAUUUAUAUACUAAUAAACGAAUCUUCCAUUAUUUA